AUGGCAGUGAGUUUCUUAGCUUACAAGGUAUUUGAUCUAUGCCUUAGAAAGCUUGCGCUCAAGUCUCUCAUUGUUUCUACAACUAUCAAUGAUGCAUUGUUGGCUCUCACGAGAUCCAGUGACCCAUAUUUGAGUUUAUGGAGAUGUAGUGUUGUGAGAUCUAAGCUUGAUGUAAAUGAAAGCCAUUGCAUUGGUAAGGUUUACAUGGUGGAUGUUGUUCUUGGCCUUGUUAGGCACUUGAAGCCCAAUGUAAGAAUUUUUGCUUUGGAAUCUAGUCUUGCAGUUAGAAUUUUAGUUGCUAAACUAAUGAUGCUUAAGCAGUUAAGCGAAAUGGAAUGCACAAUAAAAAAAAAUAGCACCUUGCAGUUAUUGGGUCUGCAUAUGAAGUGUUUGAUGAUACCAAUGAUUGUUGGAAAUCAGUGGUGGUCUGCAAAGAUGGUGGAGCAACAAGAUUGGGUUGCAAGGGAUGUAACACCCUCAAUUUAG